AAUUACAUUUCUAUCCUAAUUUACACCCCCUCACCUUCCUCUUCCCAAUGUCCUUAAAAGAUCAUUUUAUAUAAAAACAGCCAAAAACUAACAACCAAAUUUACCAAACGUAUCUAUUAAGAGCCAACAGUCAAACAACAGACAUAAUAAGUCAAUACAAUACAAACCAUUGGUUGGAUCAAUUAGGAAAACAACAAGCAUCCAAUUGCCAAACAAACCCGUUUGUAAGAUAAUCUAUUUGCCGUUUAUCUUAUCCGUUUACCAUAUCUACUAUUUCUAAAAUGCAAGAUGCAAAAAUAUAUUGCACAAUUUUCUUAAAAAAAGUGAUUAUAUCUUAUCUGAACUUAUUAGCCCAUAAGACGUCAUCUAAAAUUACCGACACUACCCUUUAUCGUGAAAUUACGCGAUCAAGAAAAGUGUCGGGCACCUAACAUGAGGCCCCAUCCAUUCAUCAAAGGCGGGCCCGUGAUCACACCUUCUCUUCGUCCUCUUUCUUCCUUUUUUCUGGGUUUCUCUCUCUUUCUCUCUCUCUUCAUACCAUCUGCUACAGAAGAACAGGAGCAGGGGAGCUAAGAAAAGGGCAAAUCAAGCUUCUUCAUUGAACCACCCCAUUUAUCUUCUUUCAGACAAACCAAUACUCGAUUCCAGGAAGCGCUUUUCCACUGAUUUCAUAGUCCUUCUUUACCUCAGGGCUUUGUGAUCUGGGCCUUCCUGGAAUCAACCAAUGUUGUCAGAAAUAUCUGGAAUUAUCUAGCAAAAUCUUUGGUUUUGUGAAUUUAUUCUUGUUUGAAUGGGUGGUUGCCUUGCAUGUUUUAUUAAGCCUGAGUCAAUAGCAUCUUUGGAUGAGCGUCCAAAGGGCCUUAUAAACCAAGGUCAAGAGAGAAGAGCACCCAGUAUUUCCAGGGAUUAUUGGACCACAAGUGUGGGUGAUAUGGACAACAGUGCAAUGCAGUCACAAGGAAGCUUGUCUUCAAUCAACGCAUCCUUUCAAGCCCCUGAUACACCUGCUGGUGUCAGCAGCUCCAAUCCGCCUUCUGAAUUUGUAAACCAUGGUCUCCAUCUCUGGAACCAGACCAGGCAACGCUGGGUAGAUAAUAAAAAUCAAAGUAAUAAAGGGCAGCAAGUUCGUGAUCCAAAAAUAAGCAACCAUGAUUUCAACGUACUUGAUUCGUUCUGGCCUUCUUGCAGUUGGAACGCAACUUAUGAGAGCUUACUUGGAAGUAACAAGCCGUUUGGUCAGCCAGUACCUCUCGCAGAAAUGGUAGAUUUUCUUGUAGAUAUCUGGGAGCAGGAAGGGAUGUAUGACUGACGUUUGGUGAAGCCGAGAUCUGGGUAGGUAGUAGCAUCAAGUGACAAACCCACUUAUUGUGAUCUAAUUGCCUGAGAUGAAAAGAUAGAAAUGCAUUUGGGGGAUAAACUUCAUUUGUACCAUUGUCGCGACUUUUUCAUAAUGCUUAUUUAGGUUUCCUCAUGUGCUGUAACUGGGUUUUAACUAAUGGAACUUGCUGCUGUUUAUUCAUAUGAAUCAUCUUUUGCCUGAA